AUGGGCCAAUUUCAUUCCAGCCAGGCAAGCUCCGGUUCUUCAGAACAAUCAAACCAGAAGACCGAUUAUUAUGAGCUGCUUGGUGUAACACGUGGUGCAACAGAUGAGGAGAUCAAAAAAGCAUAUCGAAAAAAAGCUCUUGUAUUGCACCCAGAUCGAAAUUAUGGGAAUGUUGACGAGGCUACCAAGCUGUUUGCUGAAAUCCAAUCCGCCUAUGAAGUACUCGCAGAUCCCCAGGAACGAGCAUGGUACGACUCCCAUAGCGAUGCAUUCUUAGGGACAAACGGAAAUACCGAUGAUCAGCACUCGUAUAAUGUUCGAAUCACAACAGCCGAAGAUGUCCUCAAACUCUUUUCGAAGUUCAGUCCUCGAAUGGAGUUCUCUGACUCUCCAACCGGAUUUUUUGGUGGUUUACGUGAGCAAUUCGAACAGCUCGCACUAGAAGAAAGAUUAGCCUGUCAGUGGGAGGAUCAAGAUCCCAUUGAAUAUCCAUCAUUCGGGUCUAGUAAUGAUGAUUUUGAGAACGUUGUACGGCCCUUCUAUGCUGCGUGGACUGGGUUCUCCACCCAAAAGAAGUUCGCAUGGAAAGAUGCUCAUCGUUAUUCUGAGGCGCCUGAUCGUCGGGUGCGACGAAUGAUGGAAAAGGAGAACAAACGUCUCCGGGAGGAAGGCAUCCGAGAAUUCAACGAUGCUGUCAGGUCCCUCGUGGCUUUUGUCAAAAAGCGUGACCCACGGUAUAAAGCCAAUGCCCCGAGUGAGGCACAACGCCAGGAAACUCUCCGCCAGUCUGUGGCUGCACAAGCUGCAAGAUCGCGAGCUGUGAAUCAAGCCAAGAUGCGGGAUCAUGUACUCCCCGAGUGGGCCCAAUCAGAAGAACCAGUGGCAGCCGACGAGGAUGAGAGCGAAGAGAGCGAAGUCGAGAGUUUUGAAUGUGUUGUAUGCCACAAAUAUUUCAAAAGCCAGAAACAAUUUGAGGCACACGAACGUAGCAAAAAGCAUUUGAAGGCAGUCAAACAGCUAUGCUGGGAGAUGCGAAUGCAGAACGACGAAUUGGAUUUGGAGUCCGCUGAUGACUCGAGUACCAAUGCAACUACAACUAACCCUCUUGAGGUUGAUGACGGGGAGGAUGAGGUCUAUGCUACUUCACAGGACGAUGUGCGAUUAGAUGUCUUGAAGAGCCACGACACUGAUGCUGAGGAUCAAGGAAGUUCGCAUGACCUUGAAGAAACAACCAAGCUCUCCGAGCCAAACUCCCCAACUACUUCGCACAAUGACGAUGACGAUUAUGCCUCCAGGGAAUAUGUCGAGACGAGGCUCCGCACCGAGUUGAAUUCUUUAUCUAUGGGCGCCGGAUACUCUGGUAUACCUGCUCACCCGUCUUCGGACCUCGCCGAGCAGUCACCAACUCUCAAAAUGGGCAAAGCCAAGCAGAAACGGGCGAAAAAGGCCGCGAAGCAAGCGGAUCAACCAGGGUUUAUAUGUGCAAACUGCCAGGCCCCAUUCACGUCCAAGUCUAAAUUAUUCAAUCAUAUUAGAGACCUUGGCCACGCACAACCCGUAACGGGGUCUGUUGCUAGGAAGGGGAGGAAACACUAG